GGCCUACGGCAUCAUCGGCAACGGCAAAUCGUUCGAGCUUGGUCAAUACGGAUUGGAUGCAAUAUCGGUCGCCGUGUCUGUGGGUGUUACACUCUGGUCAUUGGGCAGCUUCGUGGAGCGCUCCAAGCCGCUCCCGAACGGCCCGUUCGCCAUCCUCGGCCUUGCGGAGGCCCUCUCGUACGUCACCACGUUCGCGCUUGUCCUCGCGGCGGUGGUGGUGAACCUGGCCCCAGGCGAACCGGAGCCUGCUGGACCGCCACCCGCUGCAAGCCGCACGGUCGUCACUGGACUGAGCCCGCCAAGCGUUCAGAAGUCUGAGGAUACCAAGGCGGUGCUGGAGAAGAGUAAAGCCGAGGAGGCCAAGAAGGCCGCAGACAAGAGGAAGGCCGAGGAGGCUAAGAAGGCUGCGGAGGCCAAGAAGGCGGAGGAGGCCAGGAAGGCAGAGGAGACCAAGAAGGCGGAGGAGGCCAAGAAGGCGGAGGAGGCGAGGAAGGCAGCAGAGGCCAAAAAGGCAGAAGAGGGCCGGAAAACGGAGGAGGACAAGAAGGCAGAGGAGGCCAAGAAGGCAGAGGAGGCCAAGAAGGCCGAAGAGGCCAAGAAGGCGGACGAGGCCAAGAAGGCAGAGGAGGCCAAGAAGGCGGAGGAGGCCAAGAAGGCAGAGGAGGCCAGGAAGGCGGAUGAGGCCAAGAAGGCAGAGGAGGCUAAAAAGGCGGAGGAAGCCAAGAAGGCCGAGGAGGCCAGGAAGGCAGAGGAGGCCAGGAAGGCGGAGGAGGCCAAGAAGGCAGAGGAGGCCAGGAAGGCAGAGGAGGCCAAGAAGGCAGAGGAGGCCAAGAAGGCAGAGGAGGCCAAGAAGGCAGAGGAGAUGGCAGAGUUGGCAAAGAAGGCAGCGGAGGCAAAGACAGCAGAGGAGGCUAAAAAAGCAGAGGAGGCCAGAAAGGCGCAGGAGGCCAAGAUGGCAGAGGAGGCCAAGAAGGCAGAGGAGGCCAAGAAGGCGGAGGAGGCCAAGAAGGCCGCGGAGGCCAAGAAGGCAGAGGAGGCCAGGAAGGCAGAGGAGGCGAAGAGGGCAGAGGAGGCGAAGAGGGCGGAGGAGACCCGGAAAGCAGAGGAGGCCAGGAAGGCACAGGAGGCCAGGAUGGCAGAGGAGGCCAAAAAGGCGGAGGAGGCCAGGAAGGCCGAGGAGGCCAAGUUGGCAGAGUUGGCCAAGAAGGCAGAGGAGGCAAAGAAGGCAGAGGAGGCUAAAAAAGCAGAAGAGGCCAGAAAGGCAGAGGAGGCCAGGAAAGCAGAGGAGGCCAGGAAGGCAGCGGAGGCCAAAAAGGCGGAGGAAGCCAGGAAAGCCGAGGAGGCCAAGAGGGCGGAGGAGGCCAGGAAGGCUGCUGAGGCUAAGAAGGCAGAGGAGGCCAGGAAGGCAGAGGAGGCUAGGAAGGCCGAGGAGGCCAAGAAGGCAGAGGAGGCUAAGAAGGCAGAGGAGGCCAGGAAGGCAGAGGAGGCCCGUAAGGCAGAGGAGGCCCGUAAGGCGGAAGAGGCCAAGAAGGCUGAGGAGGCCAGGAAGGCGGAGGAGGCCAGAAAGGCUGAGGAGGCCAGGAAGGCGGAGGAGGCCAGGAAGGUUGAGGAAGCCAGGAAGGCCGCUGAGGCUAAAAAGGCAGAAGAGGCAAAGAAGGCCGAGGAGGCGAGGAAGGCAGAGGAGGCCCGGAAAGCGGAGGAGGCCAAGAAGGCCGAGGAGGCCAGGAAGGCAGAGGAGGCCAAGAAGGCAGAGGAUGCCAGGAAGGCCGAGGAGGCGAGGAAGGCCGAGGAAGCCAGGAAGGCCGCGGAGGCUAAGAAGGCCGAGGAGGCCAAGAAGGCAGAGGAGGCUAAGAAGGCAGAGGAGGCCAGGAAGGCAGAGGAGGCCCGUAAGGCAGAGGAGGCCCGUAAGGCGGAAGAGGCCAAGAAGGCUGAGGAGGCCAGGAAGGCGGAGGAGGCCAGGAAGGCAGAGGAGGCCAAGAAGGCGGAGGAGGCCAAGAAGGCGGAGGAGGCCAAGAAAGCCGCAGAGGCCAAGAAGGCAGAGGAGGCCAAGAAGGCAGAGGAGGCCAAGAAGGCAGAGGAGGCGCGUAGACAGAAGGCAGAGGAGGAGGAGGCCAGGAAUGCCAGGGAGGCGGCAAAGAAGCAGGAGGAGGUGAGAAAGAAGCUCGAGGAGAAGAGAGCGGAGGAGGCCCGCCAGGAGAAGGAGCGGCGCGAGCGCGAGGAGAAGGAGGAGGCCAGAAGGCUUCGCGAGGAGGCCAAGGCGGCGGAGGAGGCCAGGAGGGUCGCGGAGGCCACGCGGGCGGUGGAGGCCCGCAAGGCGGAGGCGGAGCGCGAGGCGCAGGAGAAGGAGGCGAAGGCCCAGGAGGAGAAGGAGAAGAAGGCGGCCGCCACGACGGGGUCCAGGGCCAUGUUCUCGACUCUGGUGGUGAACGUGUUCAGGUCGUUGAUCUCCAGCUCGCAACUGACCUUCCACGAGUACACGUCCGUGAACCCCACAAGGUCGGCCCAGUCCACGUACCAAUCUGUCUCCACGGACCGGUCCGUCAUGCACAUAAUUUCGAGCUCGCCCAGCAAUGGGCGGAACCCCGCGGACUGA